AUGCAUCAGCAAACAUUACCAGGAAAUAUUCAUAAAUGUGAGAAAUGUGACUAUAACACUGACAAAAAGCCAUUACUAGCUAAACACAUGCUUACUCAUGAUUGUGAAGGGAAAGUUCCCUUAAAGUGCUCUGAAUGUAGCAAGGAAUUUACUUAUGAAUCUUCUUUAAAGGAACAUAUUAGAACUCAUUUUCCUGAUCAGCCCAAAAAAUAUAGUUGCGAUAAAUGUUCAUAUACUACAAACUAUCGUAACAAUUUAGUCAAACAUGGUAUGAACAAACAUGUGGAACGUGAACGUGAUAAAGUCUGUAAUGAGUGUGGAAAAGCAUUCUUUUCAGAUGAAAAACUGAAUGCUCACAUUAAAAUUCACACAAGUGAACGAAAUUAUCCGUGCAGUAUCUGUGAAAAACGUUUUAAAACUCCCUCUCAGUUAAAAAACCAUGAGGCAACUCACAGUAAAGAUAAACCAUUUAAAUGUGAAAAAGAAGGGUGUGUGAAAGAAUUUCGAACUGCUAGAUUAUUACGAAUUCAUGUUAAAGAUGUUCAUACUCUAGCAGGAAGUGGAGAAAGACGACAUUGUACAGUUGAAGGCUGCAAGUUUUCAUUUGUUAAAAUGUGUCAUUUUAAACGACACUAUAUAACACAUACAGGCAAAAAAUAUCAUUGUCCAUAUGAAGGCUGUGGUAAAUCAUUUAGACAUGCAGAUAAUUUAAGAGUUCAUAAAAGGCAGCAUACAAAUGAGAAACCUGUGCAAUGUGAUAAGUGUAGUUUUAGAUGUCGUCAGAAAAGCUCAUUAUACUAUCAUAUAAAACGUUAUCAUCCUCCA